CAACAAAACAAUCCACCUCAGAAAAUGGCGCUUGCAGUGUACGAACGUCGACGACUCAACGUUGUGUUUAGGAUCACAAUUAUGUAAGCGAUCUGAUCAUGUUGUUGGUGUGAAUUCGGUGAGACGUAGAAGAAACCAACUACGUCGCUGCAAUCAUGGGUACGCCUUUAAAGAUAUUGGUGUGCGGCGAUGUGAACGGGCAGUUUCACAAACUUUUCGAUAGGGUUUCAAACGUAAACAAAAAGAACGGUCCAUUUGACAUGCUCCUCUGUGUUGGUGACUUUUUUGGAGAUGACCUUUCUGAAUGGGAGGAAUACAAAUCAGAAAUCCGAAAAGUUCCUGUUCAAACGUACAUUUUGGGUCCGAAGCGGGAAUCGUCUGUGGCCGAAUUUGAAACGAGUGACGGAUUCGACCUUUGCCCCAACGUAAUGUACUUAGGCAAGAAGGGUGUUCUCACAGGGAGCUCUGGCUUGAAGUUAGCCUACUUUUCGGGAGUCGAGAACCCAGACGGACAGUCUGGAGCUCACACAUUUUCGAAGACUGAGGCUCUGCAGUUCAUAUCACCCUUCAUCGACGAGCCUGGUUUUCGUGGUGUGGACAUUCUUCUGACGUCACAGUGGCCGAAGGGGGUGACAAAGUACGGACAGGGCGUCGAAGAAUCCCAGUACGACGCAUCAAAUGCCACGGCGAUGCUUGCCUAUUUCACUCGUCCCAGGUAUCACUUCAGCUCGUCCAGUAGCUGUUACUACGACCGGUUGCCAUACAGAAAUCACCAGGUUCUUCGUGAACCAGCACGACACGCGUCACGUUUCAUUUCAGUUGCCUCCGUAAAUAAUGCUGCCAAGUCGAAGUGGUUGUAUGCAUUCACAAUAGUGCCCAUGGUUGCCCUGUCAAAUGCCGAGCUGGUCAAGCAGCCCCCGGACGUCACAGAGUGUCCUUUUACUUUUACGCAAGACGACUUGAAGGCGGAAGAACAAGACAAAAAUUCCCAGUUCUUCUACGACCUCACACCGGUUCCCGAAAAGAAGCGCAAACACAACGACGGGGACAGGCAACACAACAAAAAGAAACAUCCCGUACCACAAGGGCCGUGUUGGUUCUGCCUAGCGAGCCCCGAGGUCGAGAAGCAUCUCGUGAUUAGUAUCGGUGAUUCCUUCUACGUCGCAUUAGCAAAAGGGGCGCUCACGCACGAUCACGUUCUGAUUCUACCCAUCGGACAUCAUCAGUCGACAGUAGAAAUGGAUCAAGACGCUUUGGAAGAACUCGGGAAGUUUAAAGAGGCGCUGCAAAAGUGUUACGGGGCAAAGAAGAAGAAAGCAGUGUUUUUCGAACGCAACUAUCGCAGUUCGCACCUUCAGAUCCAAGUCGUUCCACUGCCGGCUUCUCUCGUUCCCCGCGCAAGGUCUGUCUUCGUUGACUACGGCCAGUCCCUUGGCUUGGAUCUCGAUGAGAUUCCCCAGAAUUCAGAUCUGCGGCAAAUUGUUGGUGCUGGCAGGCCAUACUUCUACGUCGAGGUCGAAGGCACAAAGCUGCUGCACCGGAUACGAAAAAGCUUUCCUUUGCAGUUCGGGAGGGAAGUGCUUGCGUGCGAAGAACUGUUGGACAUUCCUGACAGGGUCGACUGGAGGCACUGCAAGAUGACAAAAGACGAAGAAUCUGAGGUUGUAGCGCGGUUCCGCGAGGAAUUUAACCCCUUUGAUUUUACGCUGAUGUAAAUGAUGCUCGUUUUGAGUUUUUUUUUUGUUUUGUUUUUUAUUCCUAAAAAUAUUGCGUAAAUAUGAGACUCUCAUUACACGGCCUUUCCUGUUGAAUCCGAUGCUUCUGUACAGAUGCUUUGGGUUAUUACAAACGUGCCUUUGAUACUGCA